CAUCUCUUCCCUCCCCCCAUAUAUACAUAUAGAUCAAGAUAAUCCUGAUUCUUCCAGACCUCCGAUGGCCAUCAAAGAAGAGUCUUACAUUGAGUCCGAUGACCGUGGUGAGGAGGACUAUGGGCCAAGUGACGAAGAGAGUGACUCAAACUCUACCACGGAUAAAGACGCUGAGCCAAAGAAGCCGAAAAGAACAAGGACAGCUUACAGCAACAGCCAAUUGGACCAGCUGGAGUUGAUAUUUGCCACCACACAUUAUCCUGAUGUGUUUACUAGGGAAGACCUUUCUAGGAGACUUGGCAUUAGAGAAGACAGGAUUCAGGUUUGGUUUCAGAAUCGUCGUGCUAGGUUCCGAAAACAAGAGCGUACAGGAAGCAUCAGCUGUAGAAGUCGCUAUCGCCAAAAACGACUCGAGAAACUCCAACACAACUUCAUGCCUUCCUCUGCUGGCUACCCGCCCACACACUACCCACCAAGUGUCGUGGGUGGGGGAAAUACCCUAAGCCUAGUUUCAUCGCCAAGUGUCUCAACCACGUCUCCAGUUUCUUAUGAUUUCUCACAGAGUCAAGGGUUCUCGUUUCAGACCUCGUUUUAUCCUGUCACGCCAAAUUAUCGUUCUUAUUCCACUGGGACCGCUUUUCAGUAUCCAGGGGGUCUGGCGUCUCUUUUUCAAACUGCCCCCUUCGACUGCCGAGGGAAAGUAGAUGGGUCAUAUUACAUUUAGCUCUCAUUACAUUUUUC